AUGACCUCUCCGAUGCACAUCUUUGUGACCUUGUGUUUCCUCGCGCCCGUUCUCGGACUUCGGGACGAUCGCCUCGACACCUUGUCGUUGGACAUCGAUACCGACACCAUUGACCGCACAUUGCCCACGGCCUUGUUGGACGAAACUACAGAUGAUCGUGCCCAUGUCACCUCUGUGCAGUACGCUACGAAUAAGAAGACAUCGAAGGUUUGCUGCAAGGACAAGACGGCCCAAAGGAACUAUUGCGCCGACGAGUGCUAUGUGGGCAAGUACAGCGGCUUCUGUCCUUCUGAGUGCUCGGGAUCUUUGCUGGAGGCAACUGAUACCGUCAUUGCCUCAGUGCAGUACGCUACGAAUGAGAAGACAUCGAAGGUUUGCUGCAAGGACAAGACGGCCCAAAGGAACUAUUGCGCCGACGAGUGCUAUGUGGGCAAGUACAGCAGCUCGUGUCCUUCUGAGUGCUCGGGAUCUUUGCUGGAGGAAGCAACUGAUACCGUCAUUGCCUCAGUGCAGAACGCCACGAAGACAUCGAAGGUUUGCUGCAAGGACAAGACAACCCAAAGGAACUAUUGCGCCAACGAGUGCUAUGUGGGCAAGUACAGCGGCUUCUGUCCUUCUGAGUGCUCGGGAUCUUUGCUGGAGGCAACUGAUACCGUCAUUGCCUCAGUGCAGUACGCUACGAGUGAGAAGACAUCGAAGGUUUGCUGCAAGGACAAGACAGCCCAAAGGAACUAUUGCGCCGACGAGUGCUAUGUGGGCAAGUACAGCAGCUCGUGUCCUUCUGAGUGCUCGGGAUCUUUGCUGGAGGAGGCAACUGAUACCGUCAUUGCCUCAGUGCAGAACGCCACGAAGACAUCGAAGGUUUGCUGCAAGGACAAGACAACCCAAAGGAACUAUUGCGCCAACGAGUGCUAUGUGGGCAAGUACAGCGGCUUCUGUCCUUCUGAGUGCUCGGGAUCUUUGCUGGAGGCAACUGAUACCGUCAUUGCCUCAGUGCAGUACGCUUCGAAUGAGAAGACAUCGAAGGUUUGCUGCAAGGACAAGACGGCCCAAAGGAACUAUUGCGCCGACGAGUGCUAUGUGGGCAAGUACAGCAGCUCGUGUCCUUCUGAGUGCUCGGCAUCUUUGCUGGAGGAGGCAACUGAUACCGUCAUUGCCUCAGUGCAGAACGCCACGAAGACAUCGAAGGUUUGCUGCAAGGACAAGACAACCCAAAGGAACUAUUGCGCCAACGAGUGCUAUGUGGGCAAGUACAGCGGCUUCUGUCCUUCUGAGUGCUCGGGAUCUUUGCUGGAGGCAACUGAUACCGUCAUUGCCUCAGUGCAGUACGCUACGAGUGAGAAGACAUCGAAGGUUUGCUGCAAGGACAAGACAGCCCAAAGGAACUAUUGCGCCGACGAGUGCUAUGUGGGCAAGUACAGCAGCUCGUGUCCUUCUGAGUGCUCGGGAUCUUUGCUGGAGGAGGCAACUGAUACCGUCAUUGCCUCAGUGCAGAACGCCACGAAGACAUCGAAGGUUUGCUGCAAGGACAAGACAACCCAAAGGAACUAUUGCGCCAACGAGUGCUAUGUGGGCAAGUACAGCGGCUUCUGUCCUUCUGAGUGCUCGGGAUCUUUGCUGGAGGCAACUGAUACCGUCAUUGCCUCAGUGCAGUACGCUACGAAUGAGAAGACAUCGAAGGUUUGCUGCAAGGACAAGACGGCCCAAAGGAACUAUUGCGCCGACGAGUGCUAUGUGGGCAAGUACAGCAGCUCGUGUCCUUCUGAGUGCUCGGCAUCUUUGCUGGAGGAGGCAACUGAUACCGUCAUUGCCUCAGUGCAGAACGCCACGAAGACAUCGAAGGUUUGCUGCAAGGACAAGACAACCCAAAGGAACUAUUGCGCCAACGAGUGCUAUGUGGGCAAGUACAGCGGUUUCUGUCCUUCUGAGUGCUCGGGAUCUUUGCUGGAGGCAACUGAUACCGUCAUUGCCUCAGUGCAGUACGCUACGAGUGAGAAGACAUCGAAGGUUUGCUGCAAGGACAAGACAGCCCAAAGGAACUAUUGCGCCGACGAGUGCUAUGUGGGCAAGUACAGCAGCUCGUGUCCUUCUGAGUGCUCGGGAUCUUUGCUGGAGGAGGCAACUGAUACCGUCAUUGCCUCAGUGCAGAACGCCACGAAGACAUCGAAGGUUUGCUGCAAGGACAAGACAACCCAAAGGAACUAUUGCGCCAACGAGUGCUAUGUGGGCAAGUACAGCGGCUUCUGUCCUUCUGAGUGCUCGGGAUCUUUGCUGGAGGCAACUGAUACCGUCAUUGCCUCAGUGCAGUACGCUUCGAAUGAGAAGACAUCGAAGGUUUGCUGCAAGGACAAGACGGCCCAAAGGAACUAUUGCGCCGACGAGUGCUAUGUGGGCAAGUACAGCAGCUCGUGUCCUUCUGAGUGCUCGGCAUCUUUGCUGGAGGAGGCAACUGAUACCGUCAUUGCCUCAGUGCAGAACGCCACGAAGACAUCGAAGGUUUGCUGCAAGGACAAGACAACCCAAAGGAACUAUUGCGCCAACGAGUGCUAUGUGGGCAAGUACAGCGGUUUCUGUCCUUCUGAGUGCUCGGGAUCUUUGCUGGAGGCAACUGAUACCGUCAUUGCCUCAGUGCAGUACGCUACGAGUGAGAAGACAUCGAAGGUUUGCUGCAAGGACAAGACAGCCCAAAGGAACUAUUGCGCCGACGAGUGCUAUGUGGGCAAGUACAGCAGCUCGUGUCCUUCUGAGUGCUCGUAA